AUGGCGACCGCAGGCGUCACGCGGAGCCUUGUUCCCAAUGCUUCGCUUCCUGCCAAAGUCCAGCCUCUGGCUCCAAACCAAACGCUCUAUAUCACAAACCUUCCCUCGUCGAAGAUCCAAAAGGCCGAUCUGCGAACCGCCCUCUAUAUGCUCUUCUCGACCUUCGGUCCCGUCCUCGAUGUAGUCGCGUUGAAAACUAUGAGCAUGCGCGGGCAAGCGCACAUUGUCUUCAGAGACAUCCAGUCGGCAACACAGGCCAUGCGGUCGUUAGACGGCCAAUCAUUCUUGGGGAAACCCCUGAAAAUCCAGUACGCCAAGGGCAAAUCUCACUUUGUCUCGAAGCUUGACGGUUCCUUCAAGCCUCCUAAUGCAUCUGGAGCCGCCGGUGUCGAACAGACGGAGCUACAGCAAAGUAUUUUCAAUGCGCCACCGCCAGGCGCCCCUACUUCCUCAAACAAGGCCACGCCCGCAAAGCCUGCAGCUUCGGCCGAUCAAGAAAUGAAAGACGCCAACACAUCUGAGAACAGAGGCCACAAACGAACGCGCGAUGACGACGAUGAUAGCGAUUCGGACGUGGCUAUGGAGGAAGACAGUGAUGACGAAUAG